AUACCUCAUACAUGUGAGAUGUGAGGGACGCAGAGCAAGAAUGGUGCGGACAGAGGGUCUAUUUUAGUGAGCCACUCACAUGGCCGCUGGAAUCUAUAUAUCUACCCUCUUUCUGCGCUUCUCCUCUCAGAAAAAGACGCCUUUGAGUAUCUGUCUCCUGCUAAGAUAAAAUUAACAAGGGUAAACAUACAACUGCAACCAUGUCUGAAGGGGGUUCGAAACCAAAGCCAAAGAUCAGUGCAUCUCGCAGACUGUUCUUGAAGACCAAGCUGCUAAAGAAGGCCAUUACUUUGCUGGAUAACGACAUACAAAUGAAGAAAGAGGAACGAGAGAGAGUCCUCUCUGAGAGAGUCCCACAACUGGAGCUGUCCGGCCUGUCUCCGCAGGAUCUACAGAAUUUUUGUAAAGAGCUGCACCUGAAGAUUGAUGUGGUUGAUGAAGAGCGGUACGAUGUUAAUUCUAAAGUGUCGAAAUGUACUAUUGAGAUACAGGACCUGUCUCAGAAGAUCUUUGAGUUGAAGGGCAAGAUGAAGAGGCCGGCCCUGAAGAGGGUGAGGGUCUCAGCUGACGCCAUGCUGGGGGCUCUGCUGGGCUCGAGGGUCAAAGAGUCCGUGGACUUUAAGGCCAACCUGAAGACUGUGAAGAAAGAGGAGGAGAAGAAAGAGGAGGUGACUGACUGGCGUAAGAACGUGGACGCCAUGUCUGGUAUGGAUGGCAGGAAGAAGAUGUUUAACGCCGGGCAGUAGAUUCUGUGGUGAAUUUCUUUAUGAAAAUGUUUGCUGCUCUAAAAUGGAUGGAGCCCUGUGACUAUUGUUUAAUUUAUAACGACAGUCCACUACGUAAAGAUCGGGUUGACAAGUAGGUUUUCUUGUUUAUUGACCUCUGUUAUAUUCAACAAUAAACCGGCCUAAAUCAUCUCCUAAAUAAUAUGUGUCUUUUAAAUCAUGGCUUUAGAUGACAACAUAAACACAUGUGCUUGAAUUUAAUGACGGGGCGAGUUUUUGGUUCAUGGAGUUAAAUAAAGUAAGCAUUGUGGAAAAUGAAUAUGGCAUUAAACUCAGACAUAUUGAAGAGAAGACGUGUGAAUUGUACAGUAUAUCAAGUAAUAAAAUCUAAAUGAGAUUGCUCUAAUGAGAAAAGUCAUCUUUGUCUUAAACUGGCAAUAUGUUUUGUCACACUUGUA